AUGGAUUUCUCCAGGUUCCUGUCGGAUGACUUUGAGGUGAAAAGCUGGGUAAACGCGGCCUUCCGGGCCGUGCAGCAAGAAGCUCCCGGGAAGGUGGAUGCCCACGCCGCUACCCUGGUGAUGAAGUUGCAGCUCUUCAUCCAGGAGGUCAAUAACGCCGUGGAAGAAACAAGUCAUCAGGCUCUCCAGAACAUGCCCAGAGUCCUCCGGGAAGUGGAAGUCUUGAAACAAGAGGCAACAUUCCUGAAGGAGCAAAUGAUCCUUGUUAAAGAGGAUAUAAAGAAAUUUGAAGAAGACACAGCUCAGUCAAUGCAGGUCCUGGUAGAGAUUGACCGAGUGAAAUCUAGAAUGCAGUUGGCUGCCGAGUCACUUCAGGAAGCAGACAAAUGGAGCACGUUAAGUGCAGACAUUGAAGAGACUCUUAAAACACAGGAUGUGUCUGUGAUUUCAGCCAAACUAACAAGUAUGCAGAGCAGCCUGGCUAUGCUUGUAGAUACGCCGGAUUACUCCGAGAAGUGCGUGCAUCUUGAGGCUCUGAAGAACCGACUAGAGGCCAUGGCCAGCCCUCAGAUUGUUGCUGCUUUUAACUCUCAGUCUGUAGAUCAGGCAAAAACGUUUGUUAAAGUCUUCACUGAAAUUGAUCGGAUGCCCCAGCUUCUUGCUUAUUAUUAUAAAUGUCACAAGGUGCAGCUGGUGGCAGUGUGGCAGGAUCUUUGCCAAAGUGACUUAAGCUUAAAUCGCCAGUUGACUGAACUGUAUGACACACUCCUUGGGACCUGGCACUCACAACUUCAGUGGGCAACACAGGUUUUCAAGAACCCCCAUGAAAUUGUGACUGUAUUGUUGAUUCAAACUCUGGGAGCAUUGGUGCCUUCCAUCCCUGUCUGCCUCAGCACUGCCAUGGAAAGAACAGGCCAAGAAACCAAGCUGAAUAAGCUGCUGGAGCUCUAUGAUGCCACCAUCCACUUCGCAAAAGGGCUGGAAGUAGCAAUGCUGCCAAACCUGAAGGAGCAGAAUCUGGUGAAAGUGAUGGAACUGGUGGAAGCAGUGUAUGGUCCGUACAAGCCCUAUCAACUUGAGUAUGGAGACCUGGAAGAAGAAAACCUCCUCAUUCAGAUCAGUGCAGUGCCUUUGGAGCAUUGGGAAGUAAUUGACUGUGUCCAGGAACUGAACCAUUCAGUCAACAAACUCUUCAUUCUGGCUUCUGGAGCCAUCGACAACUGCAUUAAACUCACUGAUGGACUGGGAGUGUGUGGGCUCCUUAAGGCCCUGAAAGCUCUGUUCACAAAGUAUACAUCUGACUUUACAAAUACAUUGCAGUCUAUACGAAAGAAAUGUAAACUGGAUGAUGUGCUAUCAGAUUCCCUUUUCCAGGAGGACUGGACUGCAUUCCAAAACUCUGUCCGGAUAAUUACUACUUGUGGUGAGCUCCUUCGUCAGUGUGGAGACUUUGAGCAGCAGCUGGCCAACAGGAUUUUAUCAACUGCUGGGAAGUAUCUCUCGGACUCCUACAGCCCUUGUAGUUUUUCUGGCUUUCAGGAUACCAGUUCUGUAGAAAAGAAGAGCUCUGUAAAGAAUCCCUGGCAGGAAUACAAUUAUCUUUUGAAGGAGAAUCCGUCUGAGUAUGCCAGCCUUAUGGAAACGCUUUACACUCUAAAGGAAAAAGGUACAAGUAACCACAACCUGUUGUCUUCAUCUCGAUCUGCCCUAAGCCGCCUCAACCAGCUGGCACACCACUUGGCUUUUGAUUCUGUUUUUCUUCGCAUCAAACAACAACUCUUACUCGUUUCAAAGAUGGAGGGUUGGAACUCUGGUGGCAUUGGUGAGACCCUGACAGAUGACCUGCCAAACUUCAGCCUGACUCCUCUGGAAUAUAUCAGCAAUAUUGGGCAAUAUAUUAUGUCGCUUCCUCUUCACCUUGAGCCAUUUGUCACUCAAGAGGAUUCUGCUUUGGAACUGGCAUUACAUGCUGGAAAACUGCCUUACCCCCCAGAACAAGGAGAUGAAUUACCUGAGCUGGACAACAUGGCUGACUACUGGCUGGGCUCCAUCGCCAGAGCUACGAUGCAAACUUACUGCGAAGUCAUCCUGCAAAUACCAGAGCUCACAGUACAUUCGACGAAGCAGCUUGCCACAGACAUUGAUUAUCUAAUAAACGUGAUGGAUGCUCUCGGCCUUCAGCCAUCAAAAACACUGCAGAAUAUUGUAACUCUGUUGAAAGCAAAACCAGAGGACUACCGGCAAGCCGCAAAAAGUGUGCCACGCAGAAUGGCCAGCAGCAUUGCAGCAAUGAGAGGCCUGGAGUGUUAGCUGCGACAUCCUCCCUGCUGCAGGACACUCUUCAAGGGCUGAACUGUUUGGGGUGUUUUUAUUUCCCUAUAAACUUUGCGAGGACAGUGAAAACAUCUCUGGGAAUUAGGGGAAUUUAUUUCUGAAUAAUUUUUAAUAAAUGUCUUUGUCUAGGAAAA